AUGUCUUAUUAUUUUAUACUUCCUGGUGUGGACAGUUUGGCAUUCUUUAAACAACAAGACAUGCAACACUUUGGUAAAUUAUUAGAAGACAAAGAUGAAAGCGAUUUAUCUGUUGAUGAGUUGAAGGAACGCAUUAUUAUGCGCCUUUUUCUGAAGAUAAAGAGCGGAAUCUCACCCCUGAGAAAGACGGCAUUACGACAUAUAACUGAUAAAAUCCUUCCACUUUUGAUGUCGCAAAAUUUAGAAGAUUAG